CAUCUCAGAACCACUUCUUGAAACUUGCUAACCCUCUCGCUGUCAUCUCUCGUUUUGCCUUUUCCCUCCGCAAGUUCACUUUUUUCUCCUCCUCUCUAGCGGUCCAGAUCCGGCAUCGUCAAUGGCCAAGCAACCCGUUCGCGUCCUCGUCACCGGCGCCGCAGGGCAAAUUGGAUAUGCCCUUGUGCCUAUGAUCGCUAGGGGAGUGAUGCUGGGUCCUGACCAGCCUGUGAUUUUGCACAUGCUUGAUAUCCCACCUGCUGCAGAGGCUCUGAAUGGUGUUAAGAUGGAAUUGAUCGAUGCCGCAUUCCCUCUCCUUAAAGGUGUGGUUGCUACAACGGACGUUGUUGAGGCAUGCACAGGUGUUGGUGUUGCAGUCAUGGUCGGUGGCUUCCCAAGGAAGGAGGGCAUGGAAAGAAAGGAUGUGAUGACAAAAAUGUUUCAAUUUACAAAGUCCCAGGCUUCUGCUUUAGAAAAGCAUGCAGCUGCCAAUUGCAAGGUUUUGGUUGUUGCGAAUCCUGCAAAUACAAAUGCCUUGAUUCUAAAGGAGUUUGCACCAUCCAUCCCUGAGAAAAAUAUUAGCUGUCUAACCAGAUUGGAUCAUAACAGGGCAUUGGGUCAGAUUUCUGAGAGGUUGAAAGUUCAAGUUUGUGAUGUGAAAAAUGCCAUCAUAUGGGGAAAUCAUUCAUCAAGUCAGUAUCCUGAUGUGAACCAUGCAACUGUUAAUACCCCAUCUGGUGAAAAACCUGUACGUGAACUUGUCAAGGAUGAUGCAUGGUUGAAUGGAGAAUUCAUUUCUACUGUCCAACAACGUGGCGCUGCAAUUAUUAAAGCUAGGAAGCUUUCAAGUGCACUUUCUGCUGCCAGUGCUGCUUGUGACCACAUCCGUGACUGGGUUCUUGGAACUCCAGAGGGAACGUGGGUUUCCAUGGGGGUGUAUUCUGAUGGCUCUUACAAUGUGCCUGCUGGCCUCAUCUACUCCUUCCCAGUAACUUGUCGCAAUGGAGAGUGGACUAUCGUGCAAGGUCUCCCAAUUGAUGAGUUCUCGCGGAAGAAGAUGGAUGCGACAGCAGAGGAACUUAGCGAGGAAAAGGCACUUGCAUACUCUUGCCUCUCUUGAAUGCCGUCAUCGGUGGUCUAGCAUCUUACAGUUUUGAAUAAUGCUGUUCUCAUGAUCUAGACUCUUAUAUUGACAGAGAGCUGCUUACAUGGAUUUCUAAUUGUCUGUUUGGCUAUUGGAAAGGAAUCCUUCCUUAUUGAGAUAUCCAUAAAACGUAUUGGUUUUGUAUGUUAGUUAUCUAUAUGACAUCUUUUUAUGCUUAUCCGAUGCACGAGCUUAUUAAUAGGCUAAAGCUUGGUUUU